AUGGGCUCCCGGAUGGCCUUCAUCGGCCUAGGAGAGAUGGGCAAGGCAAUGACCCGAAACCUUCACCGCGACGGGAAUCUGUCCAGCCCCUUAACCCUGUGGAAUCGCACGAAGAGCACCGCCGACGCCCACGGCGCUGAUCUCGGAGACUGCAAAGUGGCAGAAACGGUGCAAGAGGCGGUCGAGAGCUCAGACAUUGUCUGGUCAUGCUUACAGAAUCAAUCCGCGGUGGAGCAGGUCUUCGACAGCAUCUUUGCGGCGAAUGUCAACAUCACAGGCAAGCUGUUCGUCGACAGCUCGACCAUCGCCCCGGAAUGGUCCAAUGCCACCGCCAAACGGGUCAUUGAGGCCGGGGGCGAGUUUGUCUCGAUGCCAGUAAUGGGCGAGCCCGUGGUAGCAGCAGCCAAGAAACUCAUCUGCAUCCCCAGCGGGAAAUCGGAGUCCGUUGACCGGAUCCGACCGUAUCUGGAGGGCGUAGUAUGUCGGGCGAUUGUCGAUCUGAGCGGGGAAGAGCCGGGCACGUCGUCCCUCCUGAAGCUGAUGGGGAACUUCCUGAUCAUGACGACGAUGGAGACGGUGGCCGAGGUCAAUGUCUUCGCCGACAAGUCUGGGAUCGGCACAAAGAAUAUGAACAAGCUGAUGGGCGCCAUGUUCCCCAACCCGCCGCACUCCAUCUACAACCACCGCAUGCUGACGGGGGAGUACUACGAAGGCACACCGAUAGUCGAGGUAUACAAAGCCUUAGCCCUCACGGGCCAGGUGUUGGAUAUGGCUAAAGCAUGUGGCGCCUCCGUCCCCAUCUACGAGGUUGUACGGGAGCACCUGAAGCUGGUGCAGGAACACGAAGGCCCCAAGGGCGAUAUUACGGGCAUCUACGGCACCGUCCGGGUGAAGAGUGGACUACCCUACCGGAAUGGUGCGGCGGAGGGUAGCAGCAGCGAGAAGUGA